UGAGCGAGUCCGGGCCGGGGAGGCGGGGAGGCGGCCCGCGCAGUCGGGCGAAGUUGGCCGGAACAUGGCGGAAGAGCCCGGGGCGCGCGGGAGCGCGGCGCGGCGGCGGCCGGAGCCCGAGGAGCUGUAGCCGCCGCAGGGCGAGGUCGCCGCCAUGGCCCGCUGGAUCCCGACCAAGAGGCAGAAGUACGGAGUCGGGCCAGAGAACUAUCAGGAUGGAGAAAAUCUGGACUCAGCACUAUUUGUCAGGGAGCUAUGCCGUGUCCCCAUCUGGGCACAUUCUCUGAUCAACGGGUGCUGCCAGAAAUACUCCGCCAUCUACAACUACAAUGCUUCUCAAGAUGUGGAGCUCUCCUUGCAGAUCGGCGACACAGUUCACAUCCUGGAGAUGUACGAGGGUUGGUACAGAGGAUAUACCCUCCAAAAUAAAUCUAAAAAGGGUAUUUUCCCUGAAACGUACAUCCAUUUGAAGGAGGCAACAGUGGAAGACCUAGGACAGCACGAGACUGUGAUUCCAGGCGAGCUGCCCCUCGUGCAGGAGCUCACGUCGACUCUGCGAGAAUGGGCUGUCAUCUGGCGAAAGCUCUAUGUGAACAGCAAGGUCACCCUCUUCCGCCAACUGCAGCAGAUGACAUACAGCCUGAUUGAGUGGCGGUCGCAGAUCCUGUCUGGGACGCUCCCCAAGGAUGAACUGGCAGAGCUCAAGAAAAAGGUCACAGCGAAAAUUGAUCAUGGGAACAGGAUGCUUGGGUUAGAUCUGGUAGUGCGGGAUGACAAUGGGAACAUUUUGGACCCGGAUGAAACCAGCACCAUUGCCCUCUUCAAGGCCCAUGAAGUAGCCUCAAAAAGGAUUGAGGAAAAGAUUCAAGAAGAGAAGUCAAUGUUGCAGAACCUGGACCUGCGAGGCCAGUCCAUCUUCAGCAGCAUCCACACCUAUGGCCUCUACGUGAACUUCAAGAACUUUGUCUGCAAUAUCGGGGAAGAUGCAGAGUUGUUUAUGGCCCUCUAUGACCCAGACCAGUCCACUUUUAUCAGUGAGAACUAUCUGAUCCGUUGGGGCAGUAACGGGAUGCCCAAGGAAAUAGAGAAGCUCAACAACCUCCAGGCCGUGUUCACCGACCUCAGCAGCACGGAUCUCAUCCGACCCCGUAUCAGCCUCGUCUGCCAGAUCAUCCGUGUGGGCCACAUGGAGCUGAAGGAAGGCAAGAAGCACACUUGUGGCCUCCGCAGACCUUUCGGAGUAGCAGUGAUGGAUAUUACCGAUAUCGUACACGGGAAGGUGGACGAUGAAGAAAAGCAGCAUUUUAUUCCCUUUCAGCAGAUCGCAAUGGAAACCUACAUCCGCCAGAGGCAGCUCAUCAUGUCACCCUUGAUAACAUCCCACGUGAUCGGGGAGAAUGAGCCCCUCACUUCAGUCUUAAACAAAGUGAUAGCAGCAAAGGAAGUGAAUCACAAAGGCCAAGGUCUUUGGGUGUCCUUGAAGCUUUUGCCAGGUGACCUCGCACAAGUUCAGAAGAAUUUUUCACACUUAGUUGACAGAUCAACAGCAAUAGCCCGGAAGAUGGGCUUUCCUGAAAUAAUUCUGCCAGGAGAUGUUCGGAAUGAUAUUUAUAUCACCCUCAUCCACGGCGAGUUUGACAAAGGGAAAAAGAAGACACCAAAGAACGUGGAGGUGACGAUGUCCGUGCACGACGCGGAGGGCGAGAUGCUGGAGAAAGCAAUUCAUCCUGGAGCUGGGUACGAAGGCAUUUCAGAAUACAAGUCGGUGGUCUAUUACCAAGUCAAGCAACCCUGUUGGUAUGAGACUGUCAAGGUGUCCAUCGCUAUAGAACAGGUCACUGACUGCCAUGUCCGAUUUACCUUCCGACAUAGGUCAUCUCAGGAAUCCAGAGACAAAUCAGAGCAAGCUUUCGGGGUGGCCUUUGUGAAGCUGAUGAACCCGGAUGGCACCACUCUGCGGGACGGGAGGCACGACCUGGUGGUUUAUAAGGGCGACAAGAAAAUGGAAGAUGCUAAAUUCUACCUGACCUUGCCUGGGACCAAGGUAGAGAGGGAAGAAAAAGAGCUCCAAGCAUCCAAAAACCUGGCCGCCUUUCCCCCCAAUAAGGAUAGCACGAAAGACAGCUUCCAGAUUGCCACCGUCAUUUGCUCCACAAAGCUCACCCAGAACGUGGACCUGUUGGGCUUGUUAAAUUGGCGUUCCAACUCCCAGAACAUUAAACACAACCUGAAGAAGUUGAUGGAGGUGGAUGGAGGGGAGAUUGUUAAGUUUUUGCAGGACACGCUAGAUGCCCUUUUUAACAUCAUGAUGGAAAUGUCAGACAGUGAGACAUAUGACUUCCUUGUGUUUGAUGCACUGGUUUUUAUUAUUUCACUGAUAGGGGACAUCAAGUUCCAGCAUUUUAAUCCUGUACUUGAGACCUACAUUUACAAGCACUUCAGCGCCACUCUGGCGUACGUGAAACUCUCCAAGGUACUGAACUUUUAUGUGGCUAAUGCAGAUGACUCCAGCAAGACGGAAUUGCUUUUUGCUGCUCUGAAAGCCUUGAAGUACUUGUUUAGAUUCAUCAUCCAAUCUCGAGUGCUCUACCUGAGAUUUUAUGGCCAGAGUGAAGACGGAGAUGAGUUUAACAAUUCCAUCCGCCAGUUGUUUCUUGCUUUCAAUACGCUCAUGGACAGGCCUCUGGAGGAAGCCAUCAAGAUCAAGGGGGCAGCUUUGAAGUAUCUUCCUAGCAUAAUUAAUGACGUCAAACUUGUGUUUGAUCCUACUGAGCUCAGCGUGCUCUUCUGCAAGUUCAUCCAGAGCAUUCCUGACAACCAGUUAGUGCGGCAGAAACUGAACUGCAUGACCAAGAUCGUGGAGAGCAGUCUUUUUCAGCAGUCGGAUUGCAGAGAUGUGCUGCUGCCGCUGCUGACGGACCAGCUCAGCGGCCAGCUGGAUGACAACUCCAGCAGACCUGACCACGAGGCGAGCUCGCAGCUGCUCAGCUGCAUUCUGGAGGUGCUGGACAGGAAGGAUGUGGGCCCCACAGAGAUGCACAUCCAGCUGAUAAUGGAACGGCUGCUGAGAAGGCUCAACCGGACGGUGAUCGGGAUGAACCGACAGUCUCCCCACGUCGGGAGCUUUGUGGCUUGCAUGAUUGCCAUCCUACGGCAGAUGGAGGACAGUCACUACAGCCACUACAUCAGCACUUUCAAAACCCAACAGGACAUCAUCGACUUCCUCAUGGAAACUUUCAUCAUGUUUAAGGAUCUGAUUGGAAAACACGUCUAUGCCAAAGAUUGGAUGGUCAUGAACAUGACCCAGAGCAGAGUCUUUCUCCGUGCUAUAAACCAGUUUGCUGAAGUUCUCACAAAACGCUUCAUGGACCAGGCAAGCUUUGAACUUCAGCUCUGGAACAAUUACUUCCAUUUGGCAGUAGCAUUUCUCACCCACGAAUCCCUUCAGCUUGAAACCUUCUCAGAAGCCAAGCGCAACAAAAUUGUAAAAAAAUACGGGGACAUGAGAAAGGACAUCGGCUUUAGGAUCCGGGACAUGUGGUACAACCUGGGUCCCCACAAAAUCAAAUUCAUCCCAUCCAUGGUGGGCCCCAUCCUGGAGGUCACUCUGACCCCCGAAGUUGAGCUCCAGAAAGCCACAAUCCCCAUUUUCUUUGACAUGAUGCAGUGUGAGUUCAAUUUCAGUGGAAAUGGGAAUUUCCAUAUGUUUGAGAAUGAGCUGAUCACGAAGCUGGACCAGGAGGUAGAAGGGGGCAGAGGAGAUGAGCAGUACAAGGUUCUUCUGGAGAAACUGCUCUUGGAACAUUGCCGGAAACAUAAAUACCUGUCCAGUUCUGGGGAAGUGUUCGCGCUCCUGGUCAGCAGCCUCUUAGAGCAUCUGCUGGACUACAGAACCAUCGUUAUGCAUGAUGAGAGCAAGGAAAACCGUAUGAGCUGCACAGUUAACGUGCUGAAUUUCUAUAAAGAAAAGAAGAGAGAGGACAUAUAUAUAAGGUAUUUGUACAAGCUUCGAGAUUUGCACUGCGAGUGUGAGAACUACACGGAAGCUGCCUGCACACUUCUCUUGCACGCUGAGCUUCUGCAGUGGUCUGACAAACCCUGUGUGCCCCAUUUGCUUCAGAGGGACAGUUACUACGUUUAUACCCAGCAAGAGCUUAAAGAGAAGCUGUAUCAAGAAAUUAUAUCAUAUUUUGACAAAGGCAAAAUGUGGGAGAAGGCCAUCAAACUGAGCAAAGAGUUGGCCGAGACAUAUGAAAGCAAAGUAUUUGACUACGAGGGACUUGGCAACCUCCUGAAAAAAAGAGCCUCAUUUUAUGAGAACAUCAUCAAGGCAAUGAGGCCUCAGCCUGAAUACUUUGCUGUUGGUUACUACGGACAGAACUUUCCUGCUUUCCUGCGGAAUAAAAUCUUUAUCUACCGGGGCAAGGAGUAUGAGAGGCGUGAGGACUUCAGCCUGAGGCUGCUGACGCAGUUCCCCAACGCGGAGAGGAUGACCAGCACCACGCCCCCUGGAGAAGACAUCAAAUCCUCCCCAAAGCAAUAUAUGCAGUGCUUCACCGUGAAACCUGUGAUGAACCUGCCGCCCGGCUACAAGGAUAAACCAGUCCCGGAGCAGAUCUUAAACUACUACAGGGCAAACGAGGUGCAGCAGUUCAGAUAUUCCCGGCCAUUCCGGAAAGGAGAAAAGGACCCAGAUAAUGAAUUUGCUACCAUGUGGAUUGAACGGACCACAUACACCACGGCGUACACCUUUCCUGGGAUUCUCAAGUGGUUUGAAGUCAAACAGAUUUCAACAGAGGAGGUCAGCCCUUUGGAGAAUGCCAUCGAAACCAUGGAGCUGACCAAUGAGAAGAUCAGCAACUGUGUGCAACAGCACGCCUGGGACCGCUCGCUAUCCCUGCACCCCCUGUCCAUGCUGCUCAGCGGCAUCGUGGACCCUGCUGUCAUGGGCGGCUUCUCCAACUAUGAAAAGGCUUUCUUCACAGACAAGUACUUGCAGGAGCAUCCUGAAGACCAGGAGAAGGUGGAGCUGCUGAAGCGACUCAUAGCAUUACAGAUGCCACUGCUGACCGAGGGGAUCCGCAUCCACGGUGAGAAGCUGACGGAGCAGCUCAAGCCCCUGCACGACCGGUUGUCAUCCUGCUUCCGCGAGCUCAAGGAGAAAGUGGAGAAGCUCUAUGGGGUUAUAACGCUGCCACCCAGCUUGACAGAGAGGAAGCAGAGCCGCACCGGGUCUAUUGUGCUCCCUUACAUCAUGUCUUCCACCCUGCGGAGGCUGUCCAUCACCUCCGUGGCUUCCUCUGUGGCUUCCACCUCUUCCAACUCAUCUGACAAUGCCCCUUCCAGGCCAGGAUCUGAUGGGUCGAUCCUGGAACCACUUUUAGAGCGCAGGGCCUCGUCAGGUGCCAGAGUCGAAGAUCUGCCCCUCAGAGAGGACGGUGAGAACCGCAUCAGCAAAUUCAAGAGAAAAGACUGGAGUCUGAGCAAGUCCCAGGUCAUUGCAGAAAAAGCUCCAGAACCUGAUCUCAUGAGCCCAACCAGAAAAACACAAAGACCAAAGAGUCUCCAGCUGAUGGAUAAUCGGCUCACGCCAUUUCAUGGUUCUUCACCUCCUCAGUCAACACCCUUGAGCCCACCUCCACUCACUCCUAAAGCUACCAGGACCCUAAGCUCCCCAUCUUUGCAGGUGGACGGCCUGGUGACUGCUCCUGUCCCACCCCCGCCUCCCCCCAAGAGCAAGCCCUAUGAGAGCAGCCCGAGGACCUCCACUGAGAUCGCCCCCCCUCUGCCUGUCCGAAGAGAAGCCAAAGUCCCACCCCCGCCACCUCCAAAAGCUCGAAAGUCCAGCAUCCUUUCUUCUGAGCCUGGACCCCAGUGAGAGGCUUGCCCUCUGCCUGAAACUCCGAGUGCCUUGGACACCUGCUGCCUGAGAAGUGUCCCCAUGGCACAGGGCUCUCUGAUAACUGCGUUGCCUGCUCUGGGACGAUUUUAUUCUUCCAAAAGCUUCCUUUGGUCGAUGUUUGGGGCCACAUCCCCUCUAGUCUACAGGGAGUUCCAGAAUUGGCCAUGUCCUGUGCGUUUUUGAAUGGAGAGAUCUCCAUCAUAUUACAUUUAGCCUCUGCCACAGAGACACUGGGGUCUGGACAAGUUUUUUUUGCAGUGUUGGUGGCGUGGCCCCCCGGUAACCUACACCUCGAAGGGAUUUCUCGCUUUGCUUCUGAGACGCAGUUACUUUUCUCAUGGGGACAUACCUAUCCUGUCCCAAAUAGCAUCCUGGAAGAGAUGGAUGUCGUGUGCACUUUGGUGGCCAAAACAAUUGUAUCUUUGAAGAAAAGAACACACGUAUUUCACCGGGAUUGUCUGCUUUCAGGCAUGAGUGGCUUCCAUGACUGAAACAACAGGAACUCUGAGCUCUUGUGUCCCCUCACCCCACCCUUGCGUGGCACAGGAAAGCUGCCCUCUGCCUGUUCCCCCUCCAGAAUCCCACCACACUCCUAACGGGUGGCCCUCGCUGCAUGGCAGUCACUCCUUCUUACCACAGACCCCUUUGAAGCUUUUCCUUUUGCACAUACAGUCUUUGUCCCGGUUCCCUGCUCCGAGCUCAAGUCACUGGCGACAUGGGACUUAGAAGUCCGGGUUCAGCAGCAGCUUCUCCACAUCCCAUUUGGACGACUCAGUGGCCUCUCUCCGCUACCUGACUUUACCCUGGAGAUUACAGUGCAAUAUUCCCCUGUGGUUAUUUAUUCCUCUUGAUUGUGGAAUUAGUUUGAUUACUUGCUAAUGGUACUAAUCGUCAGCACUCCUUUCAGAAGAAAAGACGGGGUGAUUUUAAUGACCAAAUAUUACAUACGCCUACAUUAAUAGCCACACAAAGCGAUGGCUGUUGAAGCUGGCAGGGCCUCUGGGGUUAUACCAAAACCUCCUUCACUUAGUACAUCAGGAAAUUGAGGCUACACACAGAAAAUUGUCAUACAGAUUCUUACUAAUAACCCCGCUUGCUAAAUUAUGUCUGUGCCCAGGUAACACUUAGAUCUAAAGGACAACUCUGACAAAUUCCUUAAUGUAGUCCCCUAGUUGGAACAGUGUUUGAAAUGCCCCAGAUAUUUCUAAACUACUUAGGUAUUUGUGGCAAAGCAGAAAGCUUUUUGACUGAAUCUGAGGGUCAUCAUGGCAGAAGCUCGCCAGGGGUCUUUUCCCCAACCUGGCCCACAGCCCUUCCCAGAAAAGGAGGUGGCGAGAGCAGACAGAUUGCAGCUUUGCGACUUGGUGUCUGCCUGCCUGUCCCCUGCCAGCCCCUUCAGGAGAGACGCAUGUCAGUUCAACGCAAGAGGCAAGGAAACACCUCUGAGGCGAGUCCAGUGUGGGACUCAAGAAAUUCGUGUGGAUCUUCUAGAAGCGUGGAGAAUGUGACCCUUAGUCCCCAACCAGGAAAACUUGCAGUGUAGGAUCAUGAAAAAAAAUGGGCUUCGGAAUUAAACCCAUAUGGUUUCAAAUCUCAGCAAUGUCAUCUAUUAGCUUUGUAAACUCCCACGAGUUAUUUGAAAUUCUCUGGAGUUUCCUUUCUCCUCACCUUCUCAGUAAGACCUCUGACGCCAGCUGUUGCGAGGUUCAAAUGAGAUGGAGUACGCAAAGGGCGAGGUGCUGCUGGAACGGCCCUUUCUUUUCUCUACUGGGCCUGCAUAAGCGCUGGAACUUUCCGACAUGAUUGAUAUGCCAUGUAAAAAAAAAAAUACCUUGGAAUGUGAGUUCAUGGAGAGCCCUUCUUUUGGAUGGCAUCUUUUGGAGCCUUUUACAAAAUUAUUUAUGAACAGAGACAAGGCGUUUAUAAGAACCGAAGAGGAUUUUACAUAAAAAGAACUCAAGCCCAAUAGGGGAAGGAGGAGCCUGGAACAACUUCUGAGAAGUCACUGUGCAGUCUGGCAAGAGGAAAUUUGUGUGCCUCACCCUGCUUUGGGGGCUCCCAUUAAAAUAUUAUAGAAAGAUUAACUGGGUCACCAAUAAAAACCUCCAACUGAUCCUUCCAGUGCAAAGUGAGUCCCACAGUCUGGUCUUUGAACAGAGGCAGGGGUCAUACAUCGGUGCUCAGCUAUCUUCCCCUUUUCGAUAUAUUUUUCUAUCUGAUUCCUCUUCCACAUGAAAUAAUUCCUUUUUCCUGCCUGGACACAAAGGAUUCUAGGUAGUGUUGUGGACAGUAGAUUACAGAGGACAUUGGAGGGUUUGUUUUCUUUCACAUUUGACAAAUUCAUAUAUAAUGCCUGUCCUGAAGUCAAAAGAGGAAAACUGCAAAGAAAUGCCCCAUGAUUACACUAAAUAUGGAAGAAAUGAGGAACAGGGAGGAAAAGGGAAAGGAUGGAGCUUUAUCUUUCUGGGUUAGACGUCUCCAAUAGUGAAACUCAUUUGAAUUAGUCUCCACAUUGUCACAACCUUUGUGAAUUUUGGUUUGUGGUUUGCAGGUUUGCAGUGAUAGUUUUUAAUCCCUUUUUUUUUUUUUUUCUUUCUCUCUGUCUCUGGCCUGGUGACUCGUCUGGCUUUGAGGUCUUUUUUGGAUUUGGGGAUCUAAGGAUUGUUUUCUUCCACAUAUAUUAAGUUCCUGUGGAAUUCCAGGCACAGUUCUAGCCCGUCGGGAUGUGGUGGUGCAGUGUGCAGCCCCGGUGUACAGAGACAGUGACGCUGGUGUGCUGUAGGAUUGGAAAGUGAGUAGUAUCAGAUGACAGUUACACUGUUGGACGACGGGUUGCUUCCUCCUCCACCUGGACCCCUGGACCUUGACAGGCCCAUAAAAACCGCAGCUACCCCUCCAAUCGAUCAGAUAAAACCAGACAUAAAGCUGGGUGUGACAAUAGUCUACCUUUGUUGACUCUUUCCUUGCCAGGUCUUGGACAGAGCUCUUUUUUUUUUUUUUUUUUUUUGAAGUAGAGUCUCACUCUGUUGCCCAGGUUAGGGUGGCCUGGCAUCAGCCUAACUCACAGCAACCUCAAACUCCUGGGUUCCCAUGUUCUUCCUGCCUCGGCCUCCUGAGUAGCUGGGACUACCGUCACCACAGCUGGACGAUUUUUCAAUUUUUUUUUUAGUAAAGAAAAAAAAAAAGGGUCUUGCUCUUGGCUCAGGCUGGUCUCGAACUCCUGAGCUCAAGGGAUCCUCCCACCUCCGCCCUCAGAGUGCUGGGAUUACACACCUGAGCCUCCGCAUCCAGCUGGAUUUCUCGUUUUCAAAUAGGGAAGUUAUGUGCAGUUAAAUGCACACAUCUUAGGUGUGCAGAUGGGUGAAUUUUCACAUAGCUUUACCUCGGUGUUACCGCCUCUCAGCUACAGACGUAGACCAUCUCCAGCACCCCAGGAGGUUCCUGUGCGCCCAUGGCACCAUUGUGUGGAAAGGAAUUUAGAAGGCCCUUCCCAUUUGUGCCUCCUUAACUCUCACUUCUCAGGUAUAACAAAAGGGGAGAGAAACCCACCAUCACCACCACAAAGCAAGACUAGAAAGAUUUCCUAUGCUCGGCAAGUCAAUGUGGGUCAGCUCCUAGGUUUCAAUCUCAUUUGUUUUAAAAAAGAGAUUGAGACUACGUGAUUUUUAGAACUCUUUCAGCCCUAGCUUCUCUCAUUUUAAGUGAACAAAAAGAGAAGGAGAAUCAGAAGGAAACUAACUUUGUGUACAAAUGCUUUUAUACGUCCGCACAGUUGUUUUCCCAUUUCUCAUCUCUGGUUGGUGUUUUGAUUCUGCUGUACCGUGACUGUCAAGAUCAAAAGACGUGUAGACAUUAAAAUUAUGAAUAUGGGGGCGGCGCCUGUGGCUCAACGGAGUAGGGUGCUGGCCCCAUAUGCCGGAGGAGGCGGGUUCAAACCCAGCCCCGGCCAAAAACUAAAAAAAAAAUAAUAAUAAUAAUUAUGAAUAUGCCAAUAAUCCAGUACAUGUUGAAAUAUUGGCACGAAUUACCAUAAGUUUCUGCAACAGUUUAUAAACAGUGUCAUCAUCUUCAGAUUUCAUGGCAUACAGGCUGCAUUGCCUGUAAUUAGACUUCUCGUUCAUUUUAAUAAUUAUGCUUCCCCCCCCCCCCAUAUCCUUUGGGAAACUGAUAAAUAUCACUUCCUUGGAAAUUCAUUCCACUCACUAUAAGUCUGUUUUUUUUCCUUAACUACAUUGGAAAAGGUAAGUUUCUCUUGGGGCAGAUUAAAACUUGAGCCCUCGAUUCUAAUUUACAAAAGGAAAAAGCUGGUUUUCCUUUCAGGCAAAUGAUUUCGGUCUGAUUCUUAGGAUCUAACCAGAGCUGGUCUCCAGUAUCUACUGUCCAAACUCAGCUGUGUGCGUUCCUCACCUUUUGUGAAUUGUUUCUCUAAACUUUGUCGAGGAUUCCUGCCCUGUGGUUUUGUAACUAGUUGGGUUUCAAACAUGGACAGUUAGGAAGAUGUGCAUUGGAGUAGAAGAGUUUUGUUCAGAUUUGCUGUUAUUUAUUUUUUAAAUUAAAAAUGGAAGUGUAUUUUACAGUUUUGUGU